AAUCUUUGUGUCACGCAAGGUCGGCUUUGAGAUCAAAAGAUCACGAAAAUUAGUAAACCCGUGGAUUGAAAAAAACUUCACGAAGGCUUUCAUACACGGUAGAGAACUCACGGUUUACUCACGGUUAUGACAUAGCAAGAACAUAAACAAGAUACAGCGUACUUUACAGGGUUAAGUAAAAAUUUUCACGCCAAGUUGCCUUAGAAGUGCCUUAUCUGUAUAGAAUUGUUUGUGAGAACGCGACAAGACAUGAACAUUUCAGCCGGAAAAAAAUCUGCUAAAUUGUGGCUAUAUACUGCAAGGAAAUUACAAAAGAUAAAAUCGUCUCAGUUACGAAGGGGUACAACGAGUCUACUCAAUCUAUAUAAGAACUACCACUACAAUAAACUUAACAACAUGACAGAGUUUUUAUCCUGCAUCUGUACCUUACUGGAUUCGCCGGUUCCCAACGUGAGAUGUGAGGCUGCAGGACUAUUAGCUGAGCUCAAAGCCUUUGAUAGGCAUGCCCUUCAUGUAUCAAAGGCUGUCUAUCUGUCAUUAGUCAUGGAUGACAUUCCAGACACUGUUAAACAAGUGGCAAUCAUAAGGCUAACAAGACUAUGAUGCACACUCACACUACCUAAGCAGCAGAAGAUGAUGAUAGAGAUACAACAUUCAACUCAAAAGCAGCAUUAGGAAUGACAGGAACACCUUUAGAGACAAAAGUUUGAGACUUUUUACUCCAGAAGGGGGUUUUCCAUUCCAUUCAUUUAUUUAUCCAUUCACUUGAUACAUUUUCUAUGUAAUUACAUUGAAUUUAUAUGCAAAUGGAAAGGAUUCUAAAGGAAGCAAAGCUUGUAAUUAUAGAAUCCUUUUAUAGUUUUCAGAGUUUUCAAAGUUUUUUUUUUGGCUCUUAAGAUGUGAUUAACACAGUACACUUUUUUAAAUCAUUACAUGUCAUUGGUAAUCAAGUAUAACUAUGCUGAUUAUAAAUCACAAGCAAUCAUCUAGUUAUUUUAUCAAACAUUAUGAAUCAUGCCCCAGGUCAUCAAUAAGCUGUUUCCGUAUGCUCGUUUUGAAAGAUGGAAUGCUUGGUUUUGAUUUUAUUUCAGAAUUCAAAUUGUUCCACAGCUUUUUCCCCCUAUAAGAAAUGGAUUGCUGUCCAAAUGAAGUUUUUUUUAAUUUAAUGUAAAGAUUAUUUGAAGUUCGGGUACUGUAAGAAUGUGACUGUGUUUAAUUUUUUAAAAUAGUGACCAAAAUGUUUGGUAAUAUACCGUGAGUUAACCUAUACAUAAAAGUAGCUGUCUCCAAGUAGUGGAUCUCGUCUAUUUUUAAAAUGUUCAGAUUUUUAAAGAUUGGCUUCGUAUGGGCUAGGAAAUGUAAAUAUGAAAUAAUUCUAACUAUUUUCUUUUGAAGUUUUAAGAGUUUGUCUAACUUUUUACUGAUGUGCCCUUGUUUGUCUAAAGAAAAGCUGUUUGCCCAUAAUAAAUUUCCAUAUGUUAAGUAUGGAUAGACAAGGGAAUAGUAAAGUGUCAUUAAAGCUUUCUGUGGAAGAUAGCGGCUUAUAUAUCUUAUUAUUCCUAUGUUCUUUGCUAUUUUCUGACACACGAUGUUAAUGUGACUUUGCCAAUUAAGUUUUGAGUCUAUGUAGAUACCAAGAAAUUUAAAAGAAUCUACCUGUUCUAUUUCUUUGCUAUUAAUUGUGACAUUUAAAUUUGCUGCUUCUAUAUUCCUAGUUUUCGAUUUCUUUUUAGAUCUAUCACGAUUGAAAAGUUGAUAUUUUGUUUUCUUUAUGUUAAGGGAUAACUUGUUUGCCUUGAACCAUGUUGAUAGUUGAGAUAAUUCUAAGUUCAUUAUUUUAUAGAGAUCAGAUAUAUUGGAAUCACUUAAAAAUACACUUGUGUCGUCUGCAAAUAAAAUAAAAUUUAAUUUGUUGGAA